GGUUCAGUUCUCCGUCCAUCGAGGACUCUAUGGCGAUGGUCGGCGUGGCGCUGGUGCUUUAUGGGCUCAUCAAGUUUGUCUCGUGGACAUUUACCAGCUCAGGCUCAGCUGAGGCUGAUAAACAAGAUAAGAAAGAGAAGUGAAGGUGAAAGAAGGCGACUGACCAUCAGUGGCAUUGAUCCACUCGAUAUGUUUGAUGGGAUUUCAGGAGGGGCUUUCCACAUGUUCAUGGGACAGAUUAUUUCUUUUUCUUUUGUUUUUUUACUGCUCUGGUUUGAAGGUAAACUUGUGUGUUUUACGCUUGUUUUUAUCAAAUUUGUUUAUUAUAAAAUGUUUGGAUUCAACUUUUUGUUCUUUUGAAAGGAACAGAGAUAUCUAGAAGAAGCUCAGUUCAAACACAUUUCUUGUAACGUUUCUUUAAUCUUUCUUUAUAGAGCUGUGUGGUUUUGCUUUCCUCUGUUUAUGGUUUAUAUGUCGUCACAAACACUGGAAAGAAAAACUAUGAGAGGAAGUUAGGAGUGAUGUGUUGAAACAUCAGCUUCUGUUUUUUAAAGGUUAAUCCUUCCAUUCGAUGUUCCCGUCUGUCUAAAAACCUCAUUAACUCACGCUUUUUGGAACCAGAGAUCGGACUGUAUUUGUUGGUUUAUAAAGAAAAGGAAAUGCUGUUUUAAUUAAGUAAAAAUGAUUAGACUAAUAAUAGACUCAUUAUUUUAAAAAUAAUAUUUAUAAUAAUAAUAAUAGACUGUUCAAACUGUCAGUCUAAAUUUUGUCCUUUUUGUAAAUAUGGAGAUUGUAUUUCUGUUUUCAUAUUGUUUUUAGGUGUGUUUGUAUUCUUCUUCAUCACAUGCUUGCCCGGGCUAAUAAACAUUAAAUCUGUGACUGAAAUGGAGAUUUUACAAACAGAGCACAAAAUUCUGCUAUAAGGAAGAUUUUAAGUUAGCAUCUGAUUUAAACGGACUCUGAAUUUUAAUUAAAUAAAAAAAAUCUCUUGAAACACA